GGGUGGGCCGGUCGCGCGAGAGACGAGUUCAGUUCGUUUUAACGUCGGGCACCGCGUGCGGUUUUUGCUCGGCCGUCGUCGUCGCAGUCGUCGUAUAGCGGUUUUUCGUCUCGUCGUCUUUUCGAAAUUUUCUUUUACCACUCGGCCGAUAACCACGUGCGAAUCUAAGAAAAAAAAAAAUAUCAAAAAUAUUGUACAUUGUAUUAAAAAAAAAAUAUAUAUAUAAAUAUUUCUAAAACCUAUUGUGAAUUUCCGAGAAAUUGACAACACGUAUCGUUUAUUGUCAUCUUAAUUUUGGACUAAUCUCUCGCAAGACGAGAAAUCCGACAACCAAUUGGAAACGGCAGUGAUGGUGAAAUUGCGUCGACUUGGGAAUUGGAUUACCGGUGAUUACCGUCCAUAGUCUAUUCAUUCAGUGUUCAUUAAAAAUGGCAUUGUACACCUUUUAUCAAUUAUAACCAUGGACCGCAUUGUCAAAAAAAAAACCCUUUUGGUGUAUGGUCAUUGGUCAUCGCCGUUGAACUGUGUCACCAAAUAUUUAAAAUCCAAUUCAGCUGUUUUAUAGUUUUUAUUAUCUUUUUUCCACGCAACAUUCUUGGUGUAAAAAUUGAGUUUCUGUUAUUAUUGCGACGGCAAAUGUUAAGCACCGAUAAACCCCAACAAUUUGUCAUCAUUGAAAGGUGUUUUUUUGUUGCGAACAGCGUGCUCGGAUGAAUAAGCUAUAAAUCAAAAUGUAUGGACAGUUCGUGGAAAUAGACGCGUAACAGGAAAUUUCUGUCAAUUCAAUUAGUGCCUAAAUAAAGAUCAUUGUUGAAUAAUUAUCCAAGUGCAGUUAGCAUACAAAGCCGCUCAUUAUGUAGAAAUUUAACCCUCGUUAGGUCAGGGCGCACUGUCAUUUGGAGGCGGUGCCGGGUGAAUAUACUAUCAUCAUCAUGCAGCCGGCGUGACGGACGGCAAUGCGGCGAUGACGGCGACCGCCAGCGUGACCUGAGUGGCCGGCCGGUUAUGCUCGGGUCGGCGUACCCGGAUGUCGUUUAAAUGGACGGCGUCAACGUCACGGCCGCAGUGUACGAGCACAACGAGACAGUGGUGUCGUGGCCGAAGAACGCGACCACCGCCGCCGGGCCGCCGUCAACGUACACGGCGCUGGAAGCGUUCACCAUCGGCUCCGUGCUGUUCCUGGUCAUCGUGGUGACGAUCGUCGGCAACGUGCUCGUCUGCAUCGCCGUGUGUCUGGUCCGCAAGCUCCGGCGCCCGUGCAACUACCUGCUCGUGUCGCUGGCCGUGUCCGACCUGUGCGUGGCCCUGCUCGUCAUGCCCAUGGCCCUGCUCUACCUGGUCCUCGGCAAAUGGCCGUUCGGCACGUUCAUGUGCGACCUAUGGGUGUCGUUCGACGUGCUGUCGUGCACCGCGUCCAUAUUGAACCUGUGCAUGAUCAGCGUGGACCGGUACUACGCCAUCACCAAGCCGCUCGAGUACGGCGUGAAGCGGACGCCCCGCCGGAUGUUGGUGUGCGUGUCGCUGGUGUGGCUGGGCGCGGCGUGCAUUAGCCUGCCGCCGGUGCUCAUACUGGGCAACGAGCACUCGACCGUGGACGGGGUGCCGCACUGCACCGUGUGCCAGAACUUCGGUUACCAGAUAUACGCGACAUUGGGCUCGUUCUACAUACCGCUGACCGUCAUGAUCACCGUGUACUACAAGAUCUUUCGGGCCGCCCGCAAGAUCGUGCUGGAGGAGCGGCGGGCACAGAGCCACCUGGAGAACAGCCACUGUUACCUGGAGAUCAGCGUCAAGAACGGCGUUGGCCCGGUCGAGUCGAAAAUCGCCGCCGCCGCGCCGGAACGCGGCCAACACGAUCACCGGGCCAGCAGCAGCGCCAGCACUGUGACCACGUGCAGUGGAACGAUAGGGAGCGGUGCACGCGGUGGCGACGGGUGCCGGUGCUGUUCGAUGGUACGCCGGUCGGUGGGCGAGUAUCAGUGCCCAGUGCUGAUGGUAGUGCCCAGCAACGGCCACAACGCAGGACGCCCGGCGGCCGCGGCCACCAAGAAACCAGAGUCCGGCGGCAAGAAGCUCAGGUUCCAGCUGGCCAAGGAGCGGAAAGCGUCCACCACGCUGGGCAUCAUCAUGAGCGCGUUCACCGUGUGCUGGUUGCCGUUCUUCGUGCUGGCGCUGGUCAGGCCGUUCCUCAGCGACCCGUCCAGCAUACCCAGCUCGCUGAGCAGCCUGUUCCUGUGGCUGGGCUACGCCAACUCGUUACUGAACCCCGUGAUCUACGCCACGCUGAAUCGAGACUUCCGAAGGCCGUUCCAGCAAAUACUGUACUUCAAGUGUGGCUCGCUGAACCACAUGAUGCGCGAGGAAUUUUACCAUUCGCAGUACGGCGACCCGGAGCCGCAGCACUCCACACACUAUUGCGUGAUACCCGGAGAGCCAAACAUCGUGCCGCACCACCCGUCGCCGACCAAACCGGACGACACGCGGACCGGCACCGAUUCCAAUCAACAGACGUUGGCUUCCGAGUCGUUCCUCUAGUAGUGACCGGAUUAUCACGACCCCGCGAGACAGCGACACAACAAUAUAUUAAACGAUAACAUAUAUUAUCCGUUCGGCUCGGCGGCGACACGCCCGAAGCAAAAUCGGUAGUCGCACAGUCCGGCGACGGUGAUGAUAGUCUAUAAUAAUAUUACAAAAUAUUAUACAAUAAUAACUGUGUGUACUCGGGCUGCGAGAUGAUAAUAUUAUUGUGUUUGCCGAUUUCAUUAGUUCGUUUAAUGUUUUUUUCCGAUUCUGUCCGCGUGGGACGGACUCCGAGUAAAAAAUAAUAACAAUAUACGUUAAACGAUAUUCCCUGAACGUCAAAAACUGCAAAAACGGUAAAACAUAUAAUAUAUAAUUCAUUAUAUAACAUAAACAUAAUAUAUAUAUAUAUAUAAAUAAUUAUCUAUACAUUAUCUGUUUUUGUUUUUUUAUGAUCGCGCAAUAAACACUUAAUUCGCGGUUUGAUAUAAAUAAUUAUAAAAUCGUGCCGGAGUUUGUCAUAAACGUUUUGACCGUAUAAUUAUCUUAAAUUGUAUUACAUCAGAAACAUUUUUCGAUGUUUCGAUGAUAUUGUUUUGAUGACAACGGCGUGAUCAAAGAUUUUAAACAACAUGUAAUUUAUGUGAAAAUGUAUGUAAUAUUAUCUAAUUGAUUUUUUGUAGUUUGUGUCUUUCGUUGUGAUCACUUUGAUAUAAUAUAUUUAUCCGUACGCAUUACGCUUAUAUACGUAUGCGUAGAUCCUAAUUUAUUUUCACUGAACUACUGUAAUAAAAUUGUAUACUCUCAAUCAAUUUUAAUUUUUUGAUUCUAUAUUAUUUUUAUCUUCUAUUCUAUAUUGAACAACGAAUUUGGAAAAUAAUAUUCAGCAACUCAUACUGUUUACAUUCAUAAGAAAAUAUGCAAAUGUAUUACGACAAUAUGUUUCCAAUAAUUGUACGUAAGCUUAAUAAUAUAAUAUCCAGAAUAUGCACUUCACAGACAACAAUAAGUAAUUAGACGCAUCAGAUUGCUCAUGGAUACACAUUAAAAAAAUAUAUAAACCUAACAGUCACGAAUGCCAUUUUCAAUAUCGAAAUAAGUUAAGUUACUUAUUGAUCUUAAACUAUAUUUUAUGAUAGAGAUACCUACUGAAAAUAUUUUGCUUAUUUAACUGUACAUUUUUACUAUCUGUUUUGAAAUUUAUUUUUACGACUAUUUAAAAUGUACGAUGUAGCAAACAGUGCUCGAAUUGGCAAAAUUAAAGUAAGGAGAUUUUGUUUAAUUUUUUAAAAAAAAGCGUAUCCAUUACUUGUUAAACGUUAUUGAGCCGUGGAGGCUAUACCCGCCACUAUCUUAUACCCCUUUUUAAAUCAUAUAAAAAUAUUUAUAAAUAAUCAAUUAAAAAAAAUAAAAAAAAAUACAAGUUAAUAUAAGACAUAGGUAAUUACUGUACUUAUUAUAUUAUAUAAUAUAGUUAUAAAUAAUAAUAAACUCAAAAGGAUAAUAAAAAUAAAUAAAUAUAAAACAUUUAUUUUUAAUUAUUUGUUUAAAUAUUUCCAUAAAUGUAUUAUUAUUAGUAUUGCCUAUGUUGUUUUAUAUCUUCUAAUUGUAUCCUUUUUGGAUAACAAUUUUCUUCCACAUCUCUUUUACCACUUAUUAUCCAAGUUUUUAUCUAGCUACUUGGUAUAAAUCUAUUGAUGAGUGGACCAGUAGGUACAUUGUAUUAAUAACAAUAAUGAUAAUGAAAAUUAAAUUUAAAAAUAAUAAUCUUUAGAUUUAUGAUAACUGAUAAUAAAUAUUAUUGAAUAAUGAUAACAGUGGUAACUGACAAUAUAUUACAUAGGUAUUAUAAUUUUAAUAAUUUAUAAGACAAAUCAUGAUGGUGUUCCGCUCAUUAUACUGAAUGGUGAAGCGUCUCAUGCAUUUCCCUUAAAAAUAAUAAUAGGAAUAUGCGGAAAUUUGAUUGCAUUUUAGGGAGGGGGUAUAUUUAGAAAUAUUGUUACAAAUUAGGUAUCUAUUUAAUACUUUGAAAAAUUUUCAAUAAUUUGGGGGGGGAUUUCGAUUUUUUGGGGUGGGCUAAGCCCGCUCAAGCACCCCCUAAUGGCCUAAUCUCCGCCUAUAGGAAUAUGCUAAAAUUUCUGAAAAGUUAGUUGGAGUACUCCGCCCCUCUGCAACCUCCUCUCCCAAAUCGAGCACUGGUAGCAAAUAAUAUAAUUCUUUAUUAACAAUGUUCACCUAAUAUUUAUAAAUUAAUAUUAAUGAACAUAUAAAUAAAAAUGGUACCUAUUUCGAUAACAUAAUAUACUAUUUUUAGUUAUUUCGUGUUUAAAUUGAUUUUGGAAAGAUAAAUAAAACGAACAACAAGAUUUAACAAAUUAUAAUAGUUAUUACCUGGUUAUUAUUGUAUUAGAAAAUUUUUAGCUAGUGUAUAAUAUUAUGGUCAAUGAAAAAAGUUGAGUUUUUCUUCGUCAAAGUACCUAUUAACACACGAGUUGUUUCAAAUACAUUUUUAGUUUUUAAGAAGACAUAUUAAAUAAAUGUGAAUAAAAUAAAUCAAAUAGAUAUUUUAAUUAUAAAUAUCAUAAAUACUGCAGAACUUCAAUUAUUUUACAAUAAAACAGUAGUUCAUGAAAAAAAUGUACAGUUAUGUUUUUAAAGUAUUUAAAUUAUUUUUUUUAUGAGCUAUUAUACUUGUAUAAAUUAAAAUUUCGUUUAAGCUGUAUACAUUUUAUUGAUUUUGAUUUUAUUUAGUAAACGUCAAAAAACUGUGAGAUUUGAAUUCUUUGUAAUUAUUGUGAUAGAAUGUAUAUUAUAUUAUUAACAAUUAAGGAAAAAUAAAUUGUAAAAUCAAAAAAAUAAUAAUAAUAAGCAAAGUGUUAUAAUUUCUGAAAUGUGAAAAUAAUAAUAAUAAUACGCAAAAAUACACAAACACAUAUUCAGAUUGUAUAAUAUCUUAUAAUAAUAUAAUACAUAACAUGCCGAAUUUUUUUUGUUUGUUUAAAAUUUAUAGUAAGUUUAUUAUGUUAUGUAUAAUACGCUUAAAAUCUUUUAACAAUAUACAUAUAUAUAUAUAUAAUAUAUAAUAUAUUAGAUAUAUCUCGAUAAUUUCACGUUACCAUUUACGUAUGUGCUCGGAUAUAUUAUUAUUAUUAUUGAUAUUCGAUGAAAUUAUUAUUCAAGUCUUGUGUUCGAACAUUAUACCUUUUGUUGUUUAUGUAAUAAAGAGCGAGUGCAAUUGUGUUGAAAAUUAA